AUUAGCGUUAUUUAGCACAUUGAAAAUGAGUCAUUUUAUAUAUGUUACCUCAUUUGCUUACUUAAUGAUAUUUAUGUCCUAAAUACCACUGUGGCAGGGCAGUAGGAAAGCCCUGCACCUAUGAAAGGGGGCAGGGCAAAGCCCUGCUGAUUUAGAUGUAUUGUGUUUAUUAUUAUUUAAGAGAAAAUAAUUGUGUAUGUUUAUUAAGAACAGGUAAUUUAAUGUAUUGUUUUGUGUGUGUAGUUAAAGGUAAUGGUUUAUUGUAUUAGUAUGAUUUGAAUGUAUUUCCUGGUUAUUUUUAAAAACAUGCCGUUCUUUUUGUAUGUUUAUUGUUUGGCAGCAGGGAUGGGGAAGCCCUAUCACACAAAACCUUGUGUAGAAGGUGACCAUCGCCCGAUGUAAUGAAUUGAUUAAUUUGUUGCUAAUCGGGAGAUGGUCACCAGUAUAAAACCCUGCAGCUCUCCCUGUUUCGAGGUGGGUGUUCUGGAGGAGAGAACGGGAGCGAGAGAGGAGGACAAAACGAAACUUAAAUACAAAAGUAUAGGAUCAGUGAAGGCGAUUGCCCAGCCUGACCGAGCUAAGAACCUUGGAGUCACCCUGGACCCCUGCCUCUCUUAUUCCCAGCACAUCUCCACUCUGGCACGCACUUGCAGAUUCUUCCUGAGCAACAUCCGAAGAAUCCGACCCUUCCUCACCAACUAUGCUACCCAGCUCCUGGUCCAGGCCCUGGUACUCUCCCGCCUAGACUACUGCAACUCCCUCCUGGCUGGCCUCCCUGCGUCCGCCACCCGUCCGCUCCAGCUCAUCCAGAACUCUGCUGCCCGCCUGGUGUUCUCUCUGCCUCGCUUCGCCCACGCUACUCCACUACUCCGCUCGCUCCACUGGCUCCCGAUCACCGCUCGCAUCCAGUUCAAGACUCUUGUACUAGCCUACAGAUGCCUUGACCAGACUGCACCCAGCUACCUCCAGACCCUCAUCUCUCCCUACACCCCCACUCGACCUCUCUGCUCCGCCUGCACUAGAAGACUAGCUCUACCACCGCUACGCUCCCCUGCCUCCAAAGCCCGCUCCUUCUCCACCCUUGCUCCGCAGUGGUGGAAUGACCUUCCUACAGAUGUCAGGACUGCCCAGUCCCUGACCACAUUCCGGCGCCUCCUUCAGACUCACCUCUUCAAAGAGCACCUGUAGAACUCCUCUGUUUGUAUCCUGGGACACUAUCACCCUUCAUGUAAAUGUGCUUUAUUUUGCUCUUAUCAGCCCCUAUUUUACUGCAUUUAAUCCUGUACUUCAGAAUACUGUAAUCUGCCAAGUUUUUAACCUGUAGUACUUUGUAUUUACUCACAUCCUGAUGUAACUAUCACUAUUUAAUCAUAUCCUGAUGUAACUAUCACUAUUACCUGCUGUAUUAUUGAAUUGUGGUUUGUCAAACUUGUACUUUACUUGAACAAAAGUUAUUGUAUUGCUUGCUCUUAUUGUAUUACUUGUAUUG